AUGGGGCUCUUGCCCAACCCCGGCGCGCGCCAGGGCAGCAGCGCCUCCUCGGGCGGAGCCGGCCGCUGUCCCCGCUCCGUCUUUGGCAACAUUAAGGUGUUCGUGCUCUGCCACGGCCUCCUGCAGCUCUGCCAGCUCCUGUACAGUGCCUACUUCAAGAGCAGCCUCACCACCAUUGAGAAGCGCUUUGGACUCUCCAGUUCUUCCUCGGGUCUCAUUUCCAGUUUGAACGAGAUCAGCAAUGCCAUCCUCAUCAUCUUCGUCAGCUACUUUGGCAGCCGGGUGCACCGACCUCGACUGAUUGGCAUUGGGGGUCUCCUCCUGGCUGCUGGUGCCUUCGUCCUCACCCUGCCACACUUCCUCUCGGAGCCCUACCAGUACACCUCGGUCAGCGUCGGGAACAGCAGCAGCUUCCAAGAUGAUCUCUGUCAGAAGCACUGGAAGGACCUGCCCCCUACUAAGUGCCAAAGCACCAUGCAGGACACUCGGAAGGAGACCAGCAGCAUGUGGAGCCUGAUGGUGAUGGCCCAGCUGCUGGCCGGCAUUGGGACGGUGCCCAUUCAGCCUUUUGGGAUCUCCUAUGUGGAUGACUUUGCAGAACCCAACAACUCACCCCUGUAUAUCUCCAUCUUGUUUGCCAUCGCUGUAUUUGGACCAGCUUUCGGGUACCUGCUGGGCUCGGUCAUGCUGCAGAUCUUUGUGGAUUACGGCAGGGUUGACACAGCUGCAGUUAACUUGAGCCCAGGUGACCCUCGAUGGAUUGGAGCCUGGUGGCUGGGCCUGCUCAUUUCUUCAGGCUUCUUGGUUCUCACCUCUUUCCCCUUCUUUUUCUUUCCUCGAACAAUGUCCACAGGAAAAGAGAGGUCUCCUGCCAUAGUCGAUGAGGCGAGGAAGUUGGAAGAAGCCAAGUCUAGAGGCUCCCUCAUGGAUUUCAUUAAACGGUUCCCCCGCAUCUUCAUGAGGCUCCUGAUGAACCCGCUCUUCAUGCUCGUGGUCCUGGCCCAGUGCACCUUCUCCUCCGUCAUCGCCGGACUUUCCACGUUCCUCAACAAGUUCCUGGAGAAGCAGUAUGGCGCCUCCGCGGCCUAUGCCAACUUUCUCAUUGGUGCCGUAAACCUCCCUGCGGCCGCCUUAGGGAUGCUGUUUGGAGGAAUCCUCAUGAAGCGUUUUGUUUUCUCUCUGCAAACCAUCCCCCGUGUGGCUGCCACCAUCAUCACCAUCUCCAUGAUCCUCUGUGCCCCUCUCUUCUUCAUGGGAUGCUCCACCCCCACUGUGGCCGAGGUCUACCCCCCUAGCACAUCAAGUUCUAUACGUCCGCAGCCUCUGGCCUGCCGCAGGGACUGCUCGUGCCCGGAUUCCAUCUUCCAUCCUGUCUGCGGAGACAAUGGGAUUGAGUACAUCUCUCCUUGCCAUGCCGGCUGCAGCGGCAUCAACAUGAGCUCUGUAGGCUCCAAGCAAGUGAUCUAUUUGAACUGCAGCUGCGUGACCGGGGGAUCUGCUUCAGCAAAGACGGGGUCGUGCCCGAUCCCCUGCGCCCACUUCCUGCUCCCGACCAUCUUCCUCAUCUCCUUUGUGGCCCUGAUAGCCUGCAUCUCCCACAACCCCCUCUACAUGAUGGUUCUGCGUGUGGUGAACCAGGAAGAAAAGUCAUUUGCCAUCGGGGUGCAGUUCUUGCUGAUGCGCUUGCUGGCCUGGCUGCCGUCUCCAGCCCUCUAUGGCCUCACCAUUGACUACUCCUGCAUCCGGUGGAACUACCAGUGCUCAGGGAGGCGAGGGGCCUGUGCCUACUAUGACAACGAUGCUCUCCGGGACAGCUACCUGGGCCUGCAGGUGGGCUACAAGGCACUGGGCACGCUGCUGCUCUUCUUCAUCAGCUGGAGGGUAAAGAAGAACAGGGAGUACAAUGUGCAGGAGAAGGCUGCGGGCCUUGUCUGACCUUCGGCUCCCCCCGGACCACCGCCCUCUUCCACAGUGGACCCUGCCUCCUCCUCCACCCCUGCCUGCCUUUACUAAUGUUAACAGAUCUUUGCCUUUUUGUUUUUUUAAAUAAGAAAGAAAACACCAGCCACUAUUUGCCUUCCCUGUGUCCUCCUCCCAAAGCCUCUCCCAUGGCUUCUAAGAGCUGACAUAUACACCUGGGCUGGGUAGGACCACCAGGUAGGCACAGAGAUGGAGGAUCCAUUCUCCCCCUGGUUCCCUGGAAGGAGCCCCCACAUGCCCAGGUUCUCCUUAGCCAUGGGUCCUCCAACCAGGAUGCCCACUUAGGCAGUCCCUGCCCCUCACCAGCCCUGGGGGGGUGGGGUGUGCCUAAGCCAUCUGACUCUCCUCUGACUGCCCACACCCCCACAGAGAAGCAGAAUGGAAGGAAGGAGAGAGUGGCUGAGUUAUUCAUAACCCGAGUUAGGCUAGGGGAGGGGGAAGCUAUAACCUCCUCCACAUCUGGAUUCAGCAUAGUAUAGAACCAGCAGGGGCUGGCUCCCUUUAUCCUCACUUCCUGCCACAGAGGUCAUUUGGGAGGCUGCCAUGUUGGGAAGCACCAUCCCUCUCCAGUGCCCGCACUCUGGCACCAGAGCAGGCAGAAGACGCCUUGAGGAUGGGUCCUCCCAGUGCUGCUCAUAUUGAACCCUUUGUGUCCCUGGACCUGCAUUGUGUUUAUCUCUGUCUUCCUGGGGUUACAUUUCAAGCAAAGAAAGUCACAUACGCUGAAGGCCUGAAAUGUCACAGUCUCGAUCUCAGAGUGGGGACGAGAUUCCCCUCAUCUCAGAGUAACAGGAAGGCCCUCCCUACACUUGCCUGGGAGGAGAAGAAGGGGUUUCACAUGGACUUCCCCAUCUGGACUUCAGCCCGUGGCCGAGGAGUGGAGAGAGAGGCUCUGAGAUGGCAGCACGGCCAAGUAAUAGAGCAGAGUGGAUGUCAACGGUCACCCCACCUGAAUGGCAAGCUGCAGGCACAAAACCGAAGCAGGCAAAGUUGACUUCCCUGGUUUCAGACCUGCUUAUAAUCCUCCACAUCCUCUCAGCCUCUUCUCGCUCACUCCAGAGGAGCGAGCACCCUCGGUGGGCCUGGGCUGGGAGACGCUGCUGCUACGUGAUGGAGGUCAGAGGUAGAGGCCAACGGAGGAGGCCUUCAUGGAUUACUCUAUUUAUUGGAGACCGAUGUUGUGCUGGGAAGUGCCAGUAUAUGGUUCUCCAGGGAGCUUGCCUCAGAUCUUACCUCACCUCCCUCCAUGUACACCAGGGCCUUCUCCCAGAGUGUGUGCUUCAUGGGCAGUGUGGACAAUGCAUGGAGGGGACACACAUGCUUGUCAAGAACAGCAAGUACCCAAGAUCGGUAAGAAGGAUACUGACAUGACCAUUGGUGCCAUCCACGGCCCCUCCAGACUGACUCUGCACCUUGUCCUUUGUGUGAUGGAGAACCGGCUCACUGUGUCCCCUAGAGCAGCUGGGCAUUGGUCAUUGCCGUGCAUGACCUUUGGUGCUGCUCCUCUUGGAAGACCCCCCUUCCAGCAGCAUAGUGGAAGCCACCUUUGGAAAGGUCUCAAGUCAGCAGUUUGUGUCAGUGGCCCAACUGCUGUGAGACUCAUGUCUUCUGGAAGCCACUAUGACAGACAGCCCUCUUUCCAAAGCCACCAGCCUUAUUUCCACAGAUCUCACUCAGGAAAGGAGGCUCCAGGCCACCUCAGGGGCCAGUUUCAGCAUUUGCAAUGAUUCUGCUUGGGAAAACGGUUUCCUCCGACUAACCCUGGUCUUUCUCGCUACAAUUUAACCAAAUUCCCAAGGUGCUGCCUUCACCUGAGCUCAUGAACAAUGAAUGUCAA